AGUAGAUCGAAUCCAGCCACUAAUCUGUAUAUUAACAGAUCAGUGGUCCCAAACUCAAGUUCAUCUGCUUCAUUAGCUGCUGCUACAUUUCCGACUUUUCGACUGCAAACAGAAGUCGUCAUACAAUGUCGCUGCUAUGCCUAUAAUGUCACGACAAUACGAUAUUUAGAUAUUUGACGUUUCUACGUUUGGCAUCGUAUCUGGAAGAUGUGACUGGAUCUAACAACACUACCUUCCCGUGCUGCCUGUAGGCCCCCAGAUUACCUCAACGAUCGCUUCUUCAUCCUUUACACAAAUCCAUAUUGAUCAAUUUCUAGCAAGCCGUUGACCUUUGGUUCUUCUCCUGUGAGCGUUAUACGUGUAUUAUAUUUAUUCGUUUACCAUGGCGUACAUGAGCCAGGGUGUCGGGAAGAGGCUUGGAGGGCUUGACGAUGACGAAAGCGACGACGACCAGGGGACUGACUACCUAUCACAUGAGGCCAGGAAGAAAGCGGAUCAAAUCUUGAAAGAAAUCUCCGGUGAUAUGAUGUAUAGGCUAGAAGACAGACCGCCUUGGUAUACCACUGGUGUUCUCGCUUUUCAACAUUUUUUAACGAUGUUCAGUGGGAGUAUAGCAGUGCCUAUAGCUUUAGCCCCUUUUCUCUGCAUCGACCAAGAUAUUACACUUCUAUCCAAGUUCAUCGCCACCAUCAUAUUCGUGUCUGGGGUUCAAACGUUUCUUCAAACUACAAUGGGCAUCAGACUCCCAAUGGUACAGGGGCCGUCUUACUCCUACGCUCUCCCCCUUAUUUCAAUGAUGGACAUGCGAGGUGAAUGCCCGGAUGUAAGUGGAUCAAGUAACACUACGGAGGUUCAUGAUACAGUCGAGAGUGAAUACCGCAGUCGGAUGCAAGAGGUGCAGGGCGCCCUCUUCGUGGCUGCAUUCUUUGAGAUCCUCCUUGGUUUCGGUGGGAUCAUCGGCAUCCUUCUGAGGUUCAUUGGACCCUUGACCAUCGCCCCGACCAUCGCACUGAUUGGGUUCUCUGUUACCGGGCUGAUCAUGGAUAAAUGCAGCUCCCACUGGGGUAUUUCAAUCCUGACGAUGGCUCUGGUCCUAACAUUCUCUCAGUACAUCGAACGGUUUAAGAUCCCGUGUCUUGGUUACUCCAAGACUAGGAAAUGCCAUUUCUUCGGGUUUCCAAUGUUCCGAUUAUUUCCAAUAUUUUUGUCUGUAGUGAUCUCGUGGAUAUUCUGUUGGAUUUUGACUGUCACCGAUGUCUUUCCAAACGAUCAGAGCUCUCCAUACUAUCAGGUCCGAACUGAUUCCAAGAGCGAAGGUGUGGCUAACACCCCAUGGUUCUACUUUCCUUAUCCAGGGCAGUGGGGCGGAAUGAUAUUUUCCGCUGGUGGGGUGUGCGGUAUGAUGGCUGGUACAUUGGCCUCCGUCGUCGAAUCCAUAGGCGAUUACUACGCCCUGGCAGGCUUGUCCGGCGCACCUCGACCCCCCGUCCAUGCCAUCAACAGGGGUAUCGGCAUAGAGGGAAUAGGGGGUCUCUUAUCGGCCCUCUGGGGCUCUGGUGUGAACUCGACUUCCUAUUCAACCAACGUAGCAGUAAUUGGUCUAACAAAGGUAAGCAGCCGUUUUGUGGUCCUGGUGAUGUCAGGGUACCUCAUCAUUUUGGCAGUCGUCUUGAAAUUUGCUGCGAUUUUUGCCGCCAUGCCUGAUCCGAUCGUUGGGGGAGUCCUAGCAAUCACCAUUGGCAUGGUAUCUGCAGUUGGCCUUGCUACAUUGCACCACGUCAAUAUGAGCUCACCAAGGAACCUCUUCAUCGUGGGAUUUUCUUUCAUUUUAGGUCUUGCUCUCCCACAAUACAUUGCGCAAAAUCCUGAUAUCAUUGCGACAGGUCUACCAACCUUCGACCAGAUCUUGACCGUUCUGUUGCGAACAAGUAUGUUCGUGGGUGGUUUCAUAGGAUUCGUACUCGACAACACCAUACCAGGCACUCGCGAAGAUAGGGGUCUAAAAGGCACGCAGGAUGAUGUACUCACUAAUAAAAACGAUGAUGGUAAUAUGAGUGAAGAAAUGAAAGCUGAAGUUGGCCGUCUAAUAAACGGUUGCUACGACAUGCCGUUCGGAAUGCCAUACAUCAGAGACUUGACUUGGACCAAGAAUAUCCCUUUUAGUCCGACCUUUACUGGAUUUAAUAUCACUUGUAAAUGUAAUUAUAAGUUCUGGAAGCGAUUGCCGAAUACGGAAGGUCCCGCGGAAGAAACCCAAGUGUAAAUGGUCAUUUCCAAUAGUUGAAUAAAAAAAGAAAGACUUGAGCUGUACCUCUAGUGUUGUUCACACUCAUACUACCUAGACAGGUUGCAGUCGUCUGUUUGGAGGAGUUUUAAAACAUUUUAAACCUUUUUUCUGUAAGGUGGAGCCAACGAAGUUCAACGGAACAACCAAUGUAACUGAGACUAGAGGUUUUGGUCUAUACUACCUUAAUUGUCGAUUAUAGCUGAUUGUUGUUGAUGAAGAAUAAAAAUGGAUUGGUCUUAUAUUCCAUCAGAUUCAAACUUGGCAGUGAGGCCUUAAUCAGCCAUGCACAUUCCCCCCCCCCCCCACACCAAUCUGACACAUAUUGAUGCGAUAAAACAGUAGCAUAACUGGAUUUAACGCAAUAUCGGCGCGAUUGGGGCCCAAUAUACAUAGGUCUACACGUAUCUUUAUUAAUAUCAAAACUACUGCACGGUGAUUACAAGCUACACGAUCACUACUGUUUCCCAACAUGGUUCCCACUCCUCGAAGUAUUUGGACAACACAAGCUGAGUCCUCUUUUCCAUUUGGGCAAAAACUUAGAACCAAUCCAAGCACCCAAGAAUUGAUACAACUUUACUUGACAGACUGAAUCAGUCCAAAUUUUAUUACUCCGAAAUUUUCUGCAACAGUAAGAAGUAGAAUUAGUACUGAAUUGGAUGUACGAUAUUGAGAUUUAGUUAAAUUUAUUGUGUAAACUAUGAUAAUGACAUUAUUUGGGGCUAACCGCGAUUAGCAUUUUUGUUAGCUCCAAUUACCAAAUGUUUUGUUUAUAUGUGAUGUAGGCCAACUACUCCUUGUAAUACCUAACAGUCAUAUUUGGUAAUAAAUUCAAUUCAAUUCAAUACUUGAAGCUUACCCCUAAAAUUUGUGUGUUUUUUUUGCGAAUUACGCUGACAGUUGGAUACGCUCUUUCCUCUCAGAUCGGCAACAGUGUGUAUUGUUUGAAUGGGUAAUCGGAUUGGAUAAAAGUUCUAUCCGGUGUGCCCCAAGACUCUGUUAUCGGACCAAUAUUAAUCGGACGAAUUACUGUACCACUGAUUUAUCUGACAUCUUCUUGGCCCCUUCCACAAGAAUUGUAACGUGGAAUUUAUCCAUUUUAUGCAAACAGGCUUGGAUGAUCCUUUUGUGUUGCGUAAAGUGGUCCUAUAAGUUCAUUGAAAUCUAAUGAUACGAAUAUGAUUAGGACCCGUAAUGCAGUGACAAGUGUUUACUAGUUUGGUGACAAUUAAGCUGAUGGAUGUAUAUAUUUGAAUUUCAAUUUCACGGGAUAUAAGUUUAAAGAAACGUAUUUGUUGUGUCGUUAACAGAUUUAUCAAGCUCUGAUCGACGUAUAGAUCGAGUAAAACGACAUA